CUUUUUACAAUUUCCCAAUCGCAGAAAGUCGGGCAGCCUCUCUCAGCCUGCAACAACUGAGAUGCUAUGUUGAAAUAUAUUGUGUCUUGAUGGCAUGCCUCAGGUUCGCAGGAGCGUUUUGUAAUCUUCCUGGUGUCAUUUCUCCCCAGGGUAUUCUGCAGCUAGAGAGUGCAAGUUCCUGUGGUGUUGUAACUUUGUGGCCCUGUGUAUACACGACAAUACUAUGCUGACUUAACAGGGAUGCGUUUAUUAAUAUCAGUGAUGUAAGGCUGGCAUUUAUUGUGAUUAAAAGCUCAGGGAAUUAUCAAUUUCUGGAUGUCCUGUGGCGCUUAGGUUCCUUUAAAUCAGAUGGAUCAGUUAUAAUUCUCCUUGCAAUAACCAGGAGUUUGGGUUGGAUUUGUAUUUGUGACUUGCUGCCCCAUCUUUGAACAGGCUUUUGUUGUAGAACACGAUUAUAAUGUUCCAUUUAAAAAUUUCUAUUUUCUGGUAGCAAUUAGUCCAUCAUUUAAUAAGUGAUUUACCUUUUAAAAGGUUACUGUAAUUUGUUACUAGUUAACUAACAAUUCCCAGUGCACACCAAGCGACUGUGACAUAUGAUCCUCAGUGCUCUCCUUUGAAAAGAAGUUUCACAUGGGGUGCCCUCAUUAAUAUCAGAAUUUGGUGCAUCAAGUGAUGUGUUUGACAACAUUAUUCACUUUGGCUGUCACCAAAAAAAAAAAAAAAAAGGUGCAAAAAUUGCUUAGAGAUUUAAUUAUGAGAUUACAAGAAAUCACUCUUAGCAGUGUGCUAAAGCAUGUGGCACAAUAUAAGCAUGGGCUUGUCAAGGGGAGAGUGAGCUGAAAAAAAUAGUUGGCACUGACUUUGAAUGAUAACCAAUCCGAAAUAUAAUAUAAACGUAUUUUUACAGAGACAGCUUUUGAAUUGGAGUGUUUUUAGGCAUCAGUUUGGUAAAAUAUCUCACUAACUUGUAGUGGUUCAGAGAUUCCAUACUUCUGAACAGCCUUAAGAUGGUCUGUGUUCCUUAGAAAUGCCAAAUUCCUAGACAAUGCAUUUAACAUCAGCAUUCAGUAAAACUUUCAUUAUAAUGCGGAAUAGACAAAUAAUAUUUUUUCCUGAUAUAAAUUUGUGUUUCCUAUAAUGAAUUCUGAUAUGAAGGUGGUGAAGUAUUAGAAUUUAAUUGAAGGAUAUUGAAGCUAUGCCUUUUAACCUUCCUUAUUGGACUGAUAAAUACACCCCUUAUCAACAGUGCUUCUAAAUCUGACCUUUUUGUGGACCUUUUAAAAUAACCAUAAGUCCAUUUCAAAGUCAAUAAAAUAAAUUUAUGGGCACUUUAAAUUUAAAGGCACUGUUUCAAUUACUUUAUAUGUAAUUUCCUACUUAUAGUAAUGGCUAAUGAAAUUAAUUUUGAAAUUUUGAAAACGAUUUUAUUGUAAAAACAAGAAAAAAUUUCAAAGUAGAGUGAAAACUCUUGUCUUGUACAAAGCUGGACUAAAUAAUGAAAAGUAAACUUAAUACUUUUUUUCACCUUGAUUGGUGAGGCCCUCUUCAGGAUUUUUUUAAAAUAUAAUCUGCUUAGAGUGGAGUUGAAUGUAUUUCCUAGCCCUUUUUAGCAGCCUAACUGCGAAUCACGAAUUGUGCGUGUUUGAUAUUCAGAAUCUGAGUUUCUUUUACAAGUUUUUUUCACGAGGGUUAUUCCCAUGUAAAAGUUGCCAGUGCAGUUACUCAAGAGGAAUCAUCCCAGAGUUACAAAUUCUCCAUGCUAGGUUCUUUUGAAGUCUUGGAUACAAUACUUUCCAUUAGUUACUGCUUCUGGUUUCAUUUUUAAAUCACUAAUAGGUUUAUUCAAUCCAGCCUGAUUUUAGAUGAUAAGUGCUAAUUAUUUCCCUCUCUGUUUCCAUAAUGGUGUGCAGCUUUUUAACAGCAGGAUCUGGGUUUCAGGUACUUUAUGCCAAAUGUUCUUUGUGUAUCAGUUCACUUUUUGUGAACUCACAAGAGAAGGAGUUAGAAAUAAUCCAAAGCAAGAGAAAAUUGUCCUCAGGUCCUGCUCCUCAUGCCACAAACAGAAUUUGGGGGUUCCCAUUAACAGGUCAAUUUUAAGGACUUCAUUUACAGAGUACUUGUGGAAAAAAUCUCCUCCUUGCCCCCGUCUUCUUCCCUGUGGAGGCUUUUCCAAGGCAGAAUGAGAAAUGAAAGAGCCGUAAGAUUUGUCUUUGGUUUCUCAGGAAUAUAAAACAUAAAUUGAUUCCUGCAUUAAAUGAUAAACCUUUUCUAUUUCUUUUGUCUCUUCCCCCCCUCCACUUUUUAUUUUCCACAAAGGGAAGAGCCCAGGGAGUUUUUUCAGUUGUACUUGGUUUUAAACGUAGGGUAGUCCACCUUUUCCCAGUGGUGCUGCUGCUUUCAGGUUCCAGGGACAAUGUAGAAAAUGCUGGUGCUAAGCAAAUUAUCACCCUGGUACUUAGCCCUGUGGUGAGUGGGCUUGGGAUACUCCCAGGUCUUGCAGGUAUAAGGAAAUAAAAGGAGAAAAUAAAUGUGGCAACCAUAGGAAGCAUUCGGUUUCUACUUCAGCAUCAGCUCUUCUGCUGCAACAUGGACUUUCCUCUUCCUCCUGCUGCAAAGUUGUCGCCCUUCUCACACUGCAGGGCAAAUUAGAAUAAAUCUGUCGUAGAGUUUUGCUCUUUAAAUUAAGAGGGGGGUGGAAAUGAAGCAAGGCCUAUUCUGCACUCUUCCUAUCUGGAAACUUUCGCAGAACUGAAGUCAGUUUGAUGAUGUUCACAUUUUUCUCCCACUCCACCCACACCUUCCAUUAUAUUAUUUGGCCUGUUUGCCCUCUCAUAAACCACUCUAUAGAACUGAACUAAACAAUGACAUCAUUCUCCAAUUAAAAUUCAUGAUACAUGAACUAUAUAGAUAUUUUUAAUUACCUGUGUUGCAGUAGUACCGAGCAGCCUAUUCAAGACUGGGGCCAUCUUCUUACUCAAAUGAAAUAAUUGCCCCUGUUCUCAAUACUCUGUGAUCUAGGACAUGAGAAUGCAAAGAGUUCCCCAUUUGCAAUGGAGAAACAAUGUAGGAGGGAGAUUGAGGCAAAAAAUGAAAUCAGAAAUGUCAGUGUGUCCAUUUAUGCUUGCAAGAAUAAAUGAUGCUGACAAUGGUCAUAGAUUCUAAUCAGCAUUAUGGAGCUAGGGAUUUGUGUAAUAAAUCCCCAAAUUUGCAGCAAGAAACACCUUGACUUCUAAGCAGUAUUCUCUUCUCUUCUCUUUACUUGGCAGUUUCUCAAGCUUUCCCUGGAAAUAGGAAAACUAUCCCCCUUAGACAGGGGAGGAGAAGGAGCCACCUCCAAAGCCGGGUUGUGAAUUUCUGGAAUGGACUAGCAGGAGAUGCUCUGUGGACUUGCAUCAGCCACCCCCUCUCCUCAUGACUAAGCAGAUCUCCUCCAUGCCAUGCAGGCUGCACAUUCAGGACAAAGUCUAUGAAUUCAAGUCUCUGAAUCCCAAAGUCUACUCUGCUGGUUGAUAAUUAGCAAUUUACAAAACACAAAGCUGCCGCAGCUCCGGGGAUGUAUGUCCAGCACUGCAUGGCUGCCGGGGUGAACACAGGGAUUACAAUGGUUGACACAGAAAUGCCGUUCUGGCCCAUGAAUUUUGGAAUCAGCCCCGUGGACCUGUCAGCCAUGGAUGAUCACACACAUUCCUUUGACAUCAAGCCCUUCACCACCGUUGACUUCUCGAGCAUUUCCUCCCCACACUAUGAAGAUCUUCCUCUAGCCAGAGCUGACCAGUCAGGCCUGGAUUAUAAAUAUGAUAUCAAGCUCCAGGAUUGCCAAAGUGCCAUCAAGAUGGAGCCUCCCUCCCCGCCCUAUUUCUCGGAGAAAGUGCAGCUGUACAGCAAAGCUCCCGAGGAGGCGUCCAGCUCGCUGAUGGCCAUCGAGUGCCGCGUGUGCGGGGACAAAGCCUCGGGCUUCCACUACGGCGUGCACGCCUGCGAGGGCUGCAAGGGCUUUUUUCGAAGAACAAUCAGGUUAAAGCUGAUUUACGACAGGUGUGAUCUGAACUGCCGGAUCCAUAAGAAAAGCAGGAAUAAAUGUCAGUACUGCAGGUUUCAGAAAUGCCUGGCUGUUGGAAUGUCACACAAUGCCAUCAGGUUCGGGAGGAUGCCCCAGGCGGAGAAGGAGAAGCUGCUGGCAGAGAUCUCCAGCGACAUCGAGCAGCUGAACCCCGAGUCCGCCGACCUGCGGGCGCUGGCCAAGCACCUGUACGACUCCUACAUCAAAUCCUUCCCUCUGACCAAGGCCAAGGCCAGGGCCAUCCUGACAGGAAAGACCACAGACAAAUCACCCUUCGUUAUUUAUGACAUGAACUCUUUAAUGAUGGGGGAGGACCAGAUCAAGUGCAAGCACGUGUCCCCCCUGCAGGAGGAGAACAAGGAGGUGGCCAUCCGCAUCUUCCAGCGCUGCCAGUUCCGCUCCGUGGAGGCCGUGCAGGAGAUCACCGAGUUCGCCAAGAACAUCCCGGGAUUCGUCAGCCUCGACCUCAACGACCAAGUGACUCUGCUCAAGUACGGGGUCCACGAGAUCAUCUACACCCUGCUGGCCUCGCUGAUGAACAAGGACGGGGUUCUUAUAUCCGAUGGACAGGGGUUCAUGACACGGGAGUUCCUGAAGAGCCUGAGGAAACCUUUUUGUGACUUUAUGGAGCCCAAGUUUGAGUUUGCUGUGAAGUUCAAUGCACUGGAAUUAGAUGACAGUGACCUGGCAAUAUUUAUAGCUGUCAUUAUCCUAAGUGGAGACCGCCCGGGGUUGUUGAACGUGAAGCCCAUUGAGGACAUCCAGGACAACCUUUUGCAAGCCCUGGAGCUGCAGCUGAAGCUGAACCACCCCGAGUCCUCGCAGCUGUUUGCAAAGCUGCUGCAGAAAAUGACGGACCUGAGGCAGAUCGUCACGGAGCACGUGCAGCUCCUGCAGGUCAUCAAGAAAACCGAGACGGACAUGAGCCUCCACCCCCUGCUACAAGAGAUCUACAAGGACUUGUAUUAAUGAGCAGAGCAGUUCUUCACCCCCUGACACCAUGUAUGUUCUUCAGAUUGCACUAUUUCUUGGAGGGAAAAACUUCGCGUACCUAAGAAAUUACUGUGAAACAGCAUUUAAAAAGAGAGAGCUUAGUAUAGUAGAUCUAUUUUAUGCAUAUUGUUUAUAAAGACACAUUUACAAUUUACUUUUAAUAUUAAAAGUAUCUAUAUCAU